CGUUGUUAAGAUGGUGGCGACCUUUGUUCUUCAGCGCUCUAUCACCUGAGGAUGAGUCAGAGCGGGGGAGUUCCUCCAUCUCGCUUGUUGCCUCAGAACAAGGAAGCUCUUCUGAAAUCCUACAGCAAACGCCUGAAGGACGAUGUCAAAACCAUCAUUGAUAACUUCACUGAAAUCGUGAAAUUGGGCCGAGUUGAAGACGAAACUCAAGUGAACAGAUUCACUCAACUGGAGCAAGAUGGCAUGGAAAUGCAAGUCAGAGCUGCCAACAUUGUUCGUGCUGGAGAAUCAUUGAUGAAGCUGGUCUCUGAUUUGAAGCAGUACCUAAUCUUGAAUGAUUUUCCAUCUGUGAAUGAAGCCAUCUCAACCAAUUCCAAGCUAUUUCGUGCCAUGCAGCAAGAGUGUGAUAAUAAACUGAUGGCCCUUCGUGAUGACAUGGCAACAGAGCUGUAUGAGAUGGAAGAAGAGUAUUACUCCUCCAUGUAUAAGUAACUGAGAAGCAUCAAUGCAGGCAGCCUCAUUGCAAAACAAAUCAGACAGAAUCAUGGCACGAUGGAUGCGUUCUUCUUUCAUGGGCAGAUGCAUUCAAUGCCUGGCCCUUGUGAAGUGGAUUCCAGUAAUUUUUGUCAUCUUGGUGGUUGCAUGGUCCUACUAUGCCUAUGUUGUUGUGUAUUGCAUUGUGAUACUGGAGGGGAAGGUCCUCAGCCAGGUUCUUUUCAUCAUCCUGUACCAUUUGAUAGGAGGAUUAUUCAUGUGGUCAUAUUACAGGACUAUUUUUACCCCACCGGGACAAGUUCCAGCAGCAUUCCAUCUAUCACCCACCGCCCUGGAUCGAUUGACUCAGGCUUCAUCUAAAGAUGAGAAGGGGGCCAUUCUUGCAGAAGCUGCUGAAGGGUUGCCCAUCCGGUGUCGGAAUUAUGAUGGCUUGGUACGAUACUGUGAGGUGUGUCAAGUGAUCAAACCUGAUCGAGCUCAUCAUUGCAGUGUCUGCACACGCUGUGUGCUCAAAAUGGAUCAUCAUUGCCCUUGGGUGAACAACUGUGUCAACUUCAUGAACUAUAAGUAUUUCAUUUUGUUCAUGUUCUAUGCAUUCAUCUUCUGCAUCUAUGUCUCCUUGUCGGUGUUGCCCGACUUCAUCGUGUUUUGGGCCAAAGAGGAUCAAAAGCAUCGAGGCCUUAAGAUCCAUGUCAUCUUUCUCUUCUUUGUGGGGAUCAUGUUUGCCCUGAGCUUGUCUUUUCUCCUCUUCUACCACAUGUUCCUGGUUGCCAGGAAUCGUACAACCUUGGAAGCAUUCCGAGAACCCAUCCUCAUUGAUGGGCCCAACAAAAGAGCUUUUGACAUUGGGAUCCUGAAUAACAUCAUGCAGGUGUUUGGACCUGACAUUCUAUGCUGCUUUUUCCCUACUCAUACUGCCCUGGGUGAUGGAACCAGUUUCCCAGCUCGACAUGGAAACAGGGUUUCCUAUGAAUCCAUCACACCAGCGAGAUCUCACUCUCCUGUGUCAGAGACUCAAAUCCCCAUGCCUGAGGAUCCGUGCCGCAGAAGUGAUGGUGAUUUCGCUUUUUAUCCUCCUGGAAACUGCAACGGUGAUUUGGCUUUUCAUCCUCAUGGAAAUUCCAAGUUAUCUGACAUAGUUUAGGGGGAAACUUACCAUUUCUUUGUCAAUACUUUUGGCAUGUCAUGCACUUUGUUAUUGGCUGUGAGCAUGAUUCCUGUAAUAUCUUAUCAGAAAGUCAAGGUUUGGCCAAAACCUUAAUUUUUUAAAUAACAUAUGGCUCUUUUGCUAAAUAUAUUUUGACUUGCUAAUGAAAAAAUAUCUUAUGUUUUAUUUUUUUUUUAGCGAGUCAAAUUCUGAAAGUUCCUCCACCACUGAGCAUGACUUUCACCUUAUGACAGGUUAAUGUUCCAGACCAGAGUUUGCAUGUGCACAUCUCCAGUCUCCCACAUCCAUGGUGAUUUCUCUUCAAAGUAGAACUGAAGUGAAUGCAUGUAUAUUCCUCAACAGGCAGAUUUGGAUUUGCAUUAAAGUCACCUGUAUUGCCUCAUAAGUAAAAAAAAAAAAAAGUCUUGAACCCAGAUGAUUGUGGAUAGGAGCAACGUUUUCUCUAAAAAAAAAAUUUCAUUUCAUUGUUUAUGUUAUCCUAGAAAUUAUUUGAAGUUUCAUUGCAUAGAUCCUUGUUGAGCAUGACCUUCAUUGUGUUUCAUUACUGCAGGUGGAAUCCCAAUAAGUCAGUUUGUGAUUUAAUUAAUGCAUUUACUGAACAUGAUCAGCUCUUUGAGGGGUGUUUGGGAGUUGUUAAAGUUGUUGCACUCUUGCAGAUCUGAUGGAAACAAACUUGAACCAUGCAAAAGGGAUUUUUUUUAUUUGUAUGAGGACUCAGAACUAUGGCAUGCAGCAGUGAUCUUCAUUCAUCAGGGGUUCCCAUUAUUUGAUGCAGUUCAACUCCUGUAAUUGUGUUGCAUUCAUUAUUUUCCUUGUAUCUGACUAUGAUUUGAUAAAUUUGCAUUAUCAUUGCAGUACCUAUAUUAUGCAAAGUGAAGGGAUGCAGGAUGUGAACCUCUAUUAUUCAUUUGUCAGAAGAGGUUAGAGUUUUGACAUGAAGAUUGACUAGCCUCUGCUAAAUGAGUGCAUCUUGCAGAAAUGCUCAGACUCAAACAUGCCCCUUAUUUUGCCAUUUCAAUGUUCUUGCCUGGUUUUUUGGUGAGAGCAUGUGGUACUGUAUUUGAUAUCCAUUACUGUAUGCAAGGUGUUUCAAGUAUUGUCUAAGGAUCACCUGAUAUACUCAGCCUUCAGGUGAAACAGUAGAAAUCUCCUUGGCUGUACUGCACAUGGUCUACUUUUGUUACAAAAGUCUUUCUUUGGAUUGAACUCAAGAGUUGCAAUGUAUGAGACAACUGAUGGUCACCAAUCGAGUUUGCCUUAAUCACUCAUGCAAGAAGCAUGACUAAUUAAGACCAUGAUGAGUUUGAAAUUUGAGUGCCUUUGCAUUUAUUCUUGUCUAUUUUAUAUUGUUUCAUGAUAGCAGUUAGAUCGGUUUUCCGAAUUCGCCUGAAAAGGUAUGGUAAGAACAACACAGAAGGGAGGAUGAAAUUGCAUUGGGUUGAACUUGCGCAAGAAUUUCAUUUGCAAUUUUUAUUCUUCCUUCUGUGAUGUUCCCACCUGCUGCUUUCUCUUAUUUUUCUGAUCACAGCCAUAUUAGUGUGUAUUUCCCCCAAACUCAAUAGGUCAUCUCAGAGCAUCUGUCUGAUGUAUUUUUGGCAUGGCUUGAGAGUUGUGCUGUCAUAUUUAUUGUUCCACAACUUCGGAUCGAUUCGAAAAUCGAACAGCACGAACUGAAGUACUUGAAGUAUGUCAGGGAGUGUGCUCUUGUACUGUGAUUGACUAUUUUUUGCACAACUUUCUUUCGAUCACUCAUGUCCUGUGAUCCUCAAGGUUCUGAUCGUGUGAAAUAAAUUCUAAUUGAUGUUCAGC